AUGGUAAAUGUGUCAGGCGUGGCAACAACAGAAGAUCUAACUUUGUCAUUCUUUCCCGCGAGACUGUCUAGAUUCUCGCUACUCAACGCUCUACGCUCGGGAACCUACGUGGUCAGCGAGAGCAAGACCAUGUCUGAUGUGGAAGCUGACAAAGAGAUGGCCAACGAAGCAGAGGACGAGCAGAAAGCCAUUAUGGACGACACCAACCGAGAGGUUACCUUGACCAAACUGGACCCAGUGACGUCAGAGCUGCAGUCCCAGGUCGGCUCUAGCAAGAAGAAGCAUUCGGUGCACAGAUCCGCCCUGACCAAGUUACUCUGCAGCCUGUACGCCUUGCUCCUGGUCGUGUUCGGAAUCGUGUUUGCCGUAGCGAGCUCUCUCACACUAAAGGAACGCCAGCAUCUCUAUUACCUGGAGGUAUACCUGACCUACUUGUACGUAGGCUCUCUGGCUGUGCUGGUCUACUUCCAGUUCUGCAUCUUGCGAGGAGUCAAGGUCAGCAACAGUUACUUCGACAACAGCAUUCGCGUGGUUAUUAGAAGGAGUCAGGAUAAUCUCCAGCUGUCGCCCUCCCCAAUCAGGAAGCAGAAUAACGAGCACAACAUCAACAUAGACAACAGUGACACGUUUGAUUUCAGAAAGGAGCCCUUGGACCAGACAUCCACGCUCUCCACCAGAUCUCACCUGAUUGCCCCAGCAGAUGGAGAAGUUGCCCAUGUUGGAGAAGGCAUCAACUUUUACCUCAGGCUGGGAGCGCUGGCUUUCUCCAUUGGAAGCGUGACCUUGGAUGGAUUCCACAUUGCCUCUUACUUUGAGACAGAAAACACCACAACAUGUGAAAGCUACAUAUUUCCAAUAGUCUAUGUCCUUCACCUUAUCUUCACCUUCAUACAGACAUUUUUUCUCUUCAAGAACCACAAGCUUGUAAUUGCCAAGAAUAAAGCUUCUGUCAGGUUUGGCCUCAUGCACCUCCUGGCUACAAAUCUGGCGGUCUGGUUUGUUACCGCCAUCAGCGAGACAGCAGACGACUACAAGCAGCAAGAUUAUGUCGCCUCUCUCAAAGAUAACAGAACAGAAGUCAGAAACUCUAAAAGCUGUUAUGAAGACAUCACUCUGGCCAGAACUGCAUCCCCAUACCUGUUCCCAUGCACGAUCAUCUACAGUAUCAUUGCUGCAGGCAUACUGUACAGGAUGUACCAGUAUGUGGGAGUCAAGGUCACCCAGCGAUGGCCGAGCCACACCUCCCUGACCUCCAGCGUGCCCCAUGGGUCAGUUGGCAUGGACUGUGAGAAAGCCAACAAGGGUCUGUUUACCGGUCUGCUAGUUGCUGUCAUUACACUCAUCGCUAUAGCAACCUUCUUUGUGUUUGAGAGCCGACUCAACCAUCCCCAGACUGCCAUUAAG